AUGAGUAGUGUAACGGACAAAUUGAAGGAGGGCGGCAGACAGAUCACUGCUGGCGGGUCCGCAGGUAAUUCUUCUGUUCUUUUCGCUUGGGAGCAUGUGGUCAAAAUGUGAACCUGGAAUUGAUAUCAUUGGGAAUAGCGGAGAGGAAAUGUCCGUAAUUUAGUUUGGUUUGGUUACAGACAUGGCGUAGGCACACUGAGUACAUAAUUUGAACGCACUUUUACCGAACCGCGUGUCAGACUAAUCCUUAUCGAAUAAAAACAUAAUGAAAAGAAACAAUCUGAUUUUCUGGCGUCAGAUUUUUUCCUAUAAUCGGAUUCUUCUCCGGGUUCAAUCUCCUUACCGUAUUUUUCAGGUCUUGUGGAAGUAUGUCUGAUGUACCCGUUGGACGUGGUGAAGACCCGACUUCAACUUGGACAACAAGACAAGGGAAUGGUGGAUUGCUUUGUCAAAACGUACAAACAUGAGGGAAUCGGUGGAUUUUACAAGGCAGCUAGAAAUUCAAGAAAUUUCCAGAAUUCUUGUUUUUGUAGGGAAUUCUGCCGCCAAUUUUGGCUGAAACUCCCAAGCGUGCGACCAAGUUCUUCACAUUUGAGCAGUACAAGGGAUUGUUCACGCAUACGGAUGUUCCGAUGCCGGUGGUAAGAUUUUUCUGGACUUUUGAUCUCUUCUUUUGAAAAUCUUUGCGUUUUCUCUCCCGCAACGUUUUUAUCAGUCUUCUUAUCAAUUGUUUGAGACGAUAGUAUCAAUGAACACUCGGAAAAACCCGAGUUACGUCACCGCAAACACGGAACUGGGCAUACUGUACCGUUUAUUUGCGCAAUUUCAGACCAUGUCGCUCGCCGGACUCUUCUCCGGACUCACCGAAGCCGUCGUCAUUUGCCCGUUCGAAGUGGUCAAAGUGAGACUGCAGGCGGACAGAAACUCGAGCGUCAAAGAGGUAAACUUUGGUUUCCGAGCGCUCGCUCGUUCGCAUGUUGUCUAGAGAAAAGGCUGAGCGAAACGGAAAUGUUAAUCUUCGGUGUUCCAGCAAAGAUCGACGGCUGCGGUGGCACGCGAGAUUUAUAGAAGCGAGGGAUUCGGCACGAGCGGCCUCUAUCGCGGAUUGGGGGCCACCCUGGGAAGACACGGCGCGUGGAAUAUGGUGUAUUUCGGACUCUAUCACAACUGCAAAGAAGUGAUCCCUGAUGCAAAAGUGUGUGCAUAUUUGUCGCGUUUUUGUUUUGUUCUCACAAAAUGCUAAUCUGUUUUGCAGCAAAAUCCGACGUCUAACUUGAUUGGAAGAAUCGGAUUGGGAUUCACGGCCGGUUCGCUCGCGUCUAUCUUUAACAUUCCGUUCGAUGUGGCUAAGAGUCGGAUCCAGGGACCACAGCCGGAUCCAUUAAACAGAAAGUACAGUGGAACGAUGCAGACGAUUGCGUUAGUGUACAAGGAGGAAGGGUGAGUCUCGGGGCCCUGGUUCUGAUCAAUCGAGCAGACUAUAAUUUUGCACGGUUAUGAUUCUGACUCCGUGACGAAAUCUCUGGUUUUGAAAUGUCCGACAGUUUGGAAAUCUUGCGGUUUUGAGACCUCCGCGAGCCAAUGAAAGCUUUAGCCCUAUUUCAACGUUUUUUUCCAGAAAUAUGUUACGAACAGUUAAAAAAAAACACAUUUUUUUUCCAAAAUCGUGAUCUUCUCACUCAAACUUGACAUUUUCAGAUUCGGUGCCCUUUACAAAGGACUUCUGCCAAAAGUGAUGCGUCUGGGACCAGGAGGAGCUGUCAUGCUCAUUGUCUACGAUGAAGUUUACGCCUGGCUCAAAAAGAACACCUAG